AUGUUUUCCCUCCCCUCUCCUUGCUCGGCCCUCAUUGCAGCAACUUACUUUCUCACAGUCUCCGCAACAACCGUCUCAUCCAACACCACAGCAGCAUGCACGGCCAUCUCUGUCUCUAGCAUAGAGACUCUGUCCCUAUCAAGCGAUGCUCUGAAUUCCGAUUAUGUCACUGCUAAAGACCACUACUGGUCCGCUGCCAACGCGGACUUGAGUCCAGCCUGCGCAGUCUUCCCUACCUCAGCGGAGGAUGUGAGCACGAUUGUCUCGGCUUUGCUGCAGUAUCCAGAUGUCACAUUUGCUGUUAAGAGCGGGGGCCAUAAUCCGAAUGUGGGUUGGUCGUCUGUAGAUGGAGGCGUGUUGAUUGUUAUGAGUAACUUGGGAAAUACGACUUUCAACCCGGGAGAUAAUACUGCGAAUAUUGGACCGGGGGCCAGAUGGAAGGAUGUGAUUGGAGCUCUUGAGCCUUAUGGUGUUGCUGUUGUUAGUGGGAGACUUGGCGAUGUGGGGGUUGCAGGUCUGACGCUUGGAGGAGGACUCAGUUUCCUCAGUGGGCAAUAUGGACUUGUUUGCGAUAACGUAGUAAACUACGAAGUAGUUCUCGCAAACGCAUCGAUCGUCAAUGCGAAUGCCACCAGCCACCCAGAUCUAUUCUUCGCUCUCAAAGGAGGUGGAAACCAAUUCGGUCAGCACUUCCUCCCCCCCUUUCAACCCACGACUAACAACCACAGGUAUCGUUACAUCUUUCACGAUGAAAACACAUCCCAUUGGUACCAACGGCCAAGUCUGGGGAGGUAUCCGCUCGUACGACGAACCUACGCUGAGCAAAUCAUCAACGCCACGCAAGCCUUCACCGAGACUUAUGUCGACCACCCCAAAGCAGCCGUCAUCGUAACAGGCGAAGUAGCAAUCGACACUCUGCUAGAGAUAUUCGUCGUGUUUUUCUUCUACGAUGGGGAAAGUGUACCUGACGGGAUCUUCGAUGCGUUUAACGCUAUCCCUACCAUCAGCGACGAUGCAAAGACGAGAACGUAUUCAGAUCUGCUCAACGGCGACGACAACACCAACCUCUACGGCCUCCGCUACCUAAUCCGCGGCGCAACACUCCCCAACCUCCCGGCCCCAACCGGUGCCACCCUCCUCCAAACCCACUACGACACCUGGAAAUCCUACGUCCUCCUCAACUCCCCCCUCCACCCCGGCUUCAUCUUCUCCCUAGCCUUCCAGCCGCUCCCCGCCAUAAUCCCCGCCGCCUCCGCCGCGGCCGGCGGCAACGCCCUCGGCAUGGACGCGCGUAAUGGCGAUUUCAUGUGGAUGGAGUACGACAUUUCGUGGCUCACAGCCUUAGGCGACGAGGACGCGCACGCGACGGCCAUCAACAUCACUGCUACGGCGAAGGAGCAGGUCGCGGACGUGUAUGGCGGGAGGGGCCUGGUGAACUCGCAUUGGGAAGAGGGCGGGGCGAGCGUGGGCGAGGGAGAUGGGAAGGGAGGGGAGAACUUGUAUUUCCUGAACGAUGCUAUGUAUGACCAGGAGACGCUGCAGAGUUACGGGGAGGGGAAUUAUGAGAAACUGACGCAGGUGCACAGGGAUGUUGAUCCGGAAGCGCUGUUUUGGGGAAGAACGGGCGGGUUUAAAUUUACUUGA